AUGUCCCGGCCCGGCAGCCCCCGGCCCGGCCGCCCGCAGCAGCCCCGAGCCGAGCCGGUCCCGCCGCCAGAGGCGGCUGAGCCCUCUCUCCAUGCCCCGAGGCAGAUCCCAGCGCUGCCACCGGCCGAGCCCCGGUCCCCCGCCCGCCCCGCGGUGCCGAAGAAGGAGAAAGGGCUGGAAGAUGACAAAUCCUCGGCAGCGCUGACCAAAAGCCCCCGGGCCGAGCUCUGCGGCGCUCCCGAAGCGGUGACAUGCCAGCCCCAGGUGCGGCCACCCCCCGGGCCCUGCGCCCAGCUGCUGCCCAACGGCGGUGCCAACGGGGAGGCGGGCAACGGGAGCUGCCGGGCCGCGCCCAGCGCGCAGAAACCGCCCCGAAAGCUGCAGCCCCACCACUCCAUCAACAGCCAGGGCAGCAAGAAGAGCAAGGGCAGCUCCAAGUCGCCCUCUUCCCACAUCCCCAUUGAGGCGCAGGAAGAUUGCUGCGUCCACUGCAUCCUCUCCUGCCUCUUCUGCGAGUUCCUGACCCUCUGCAACAUCGUGCUGGACUGUGCCACCUGCGGCUCCUGCACCUCCGAGGACUCCUGCAUCUGCUGCUGCUGCUGCAACUCGGGCGAGUGCGCGGACUGCGACCUGCCCUGCGACAUGGACUGCGGCAUCAUCGACGCCUGCUGCGAGUCCGCCGACUGCCUGGAGAUCUGCAUGGAGUGCUGCGGGCUCUGCUUCUCCUCCUGAGCGCCCCACCGGCCGGGGGACCCCCGUGGGACCCCCCAGGCUCUCCCGCAGCGGGUGAGGCUCCGGCCGGACCCUCGGGAUCCUCGUCCUUGGAGGGGGAUCCUGCCCGGGGAAGGGCGGGUGACCCCAGAGGGCUGCGGGGGCUCUGGCAGUGUCCCAUCAAGUGUCCCGUCCUGCUCUACCUCUGCCAGCACUGGGGACCGUGGGAGCCUCCUGCCACCUGAGCCGAGAGCAGGAGAGCCUGUCCUGACAUUGGGGACAGCUUGUCCUUCAGAGCCACCCCAGCACUGGGGACAGCUUGUCCUGCAGAGCCACCCCAGCAUUGGGGACAGCCCGUCCUGCAGAGCCACCCCAGGUCCUGACACUGGGGACAGCCCGUCCUGCAGAGCCACCCCAGGUCCUGACAUUGGGGACAGCCUGUCCUGCAGAGCCACCCCAGCAUUGGGGACAGGAACUGGCCUUGGGGACAGCCUGUCCUGCAGAGCCACCCCAGGUCCUGACAUUGGGGACACAUCCUGCAGAGCCACCUCAGCUCCUGACAUUGGGGACAGCUUGUCCUGCAGAGCCACCCCAGCACUGGGGACAGGAACUGACCCUGGGGACAGCCUGUCCUGCAGAGCCACCCCAGCACUGGGGACAGCCCGUCCUGCAGAGCCACCCCAACAUUGGGGACAGGAACUGGCCUUGGGGACAGCCUGUCCUGCAGAGCCACCCCAGCACUGGUGACAGCUCAUCAUGGAGAGCCACCCUGGGUCCUGGCCUUGGGGACAGAUCCUGCAGAGCCACCCCGAGUCUACGGGGGGUGGCACGGAGCAGGGACAUCACCAGGGCUGAGUGCCCCGGGGCACCGGGAGGUGCUGGACCCCCGGCCCGGCUGCGGGGUCCCUCCCGAGCUGGGGGGCACUGCCAGGCCCCCUGCCCUCGGUGCCAAGUGCAAUUCCCACAGCCCGACCCCCUCCUGGAAGAAGCUUUUCCUGCAGCUGUGCCGAGCUGUCCCAAGCUCCGUGUGUCCCCUGCGUGUCCCCCGCGUGUCCCCCGCGUGUCCCAGGGCACGGCGGCUCGGUUGGUGCCAAAUGACCCCCAGCAGCUGCUGGCCCCGUGCCACCAUCCUGGGGACAGGGGUGGUGGCUGGGUAGGGGUGGCAGACGCCCUGCUGACGGGCUGGGGAGACGGGGAGGGAAGUGUCACGGUAUUUUAUAUUUUUUUGUUCCUUUUUACUGUAAAUAAAGGUCUUUCUUCGUUUCUGA